UAUGGAGUGCUAGAAAAGCUCAAACACGCGGUACAACACACACAUUCACUGGACACCACUGACCACAAGAUCCCUCACAUCAACUGACACUUACUAAUGACAGUUAUUCAGAAGUCGUCUCCUACAGUGAAAGGAGUGAAGACAACAACAUCAGAUUGCACCGAAAGACGUCACUCAUCGAGUUCACCUUGCAAAAUGAGUCAAAACGGAAGCAGUGGAUACUAUGAAGGAGAUGUUUUACUGGAUGAUGAUGCUCUUGUUUCGAUGCCAGAAGCAACGCUCAUUGAGUGCUUUGGUAAUCUGGCUGUCACAAAAAGACCUGCACAUCUGAGACCUCCGGCAGCUUUCUGUCUACCGUUUGUAUCAAUGAACAACGAUUUGACGAGCGGACAUGCCUUGAAACAUAUCACAUUGACAUCAGUAUUCGACGCACUACAUCCGUACGUUGCCAUGCCGUACAUCAACAGAAUGGAUAUAUGCUCUGCAAUGAACGUAUAUUGGAUCAGAAACUGUUUGGAAGCUGAACAAUCCGAUUUAUUUCAUCGAUUCGCUCUGGAAAUGCAAGUACAUUUGAGUGCAUGUUUUGGAUGUCGCGUUGUCCUGGAUAUCUAUGGAUCAACCAGAAACGGAUUCGGUACCCGAUUCUGUGAUGUUGAUAUGUCACUUUCUUUUUCACCGAGUCCACCUUCAUGGGCAACCAAUUCGGAUCGAGUGAUGAGAGCUGUUGCGAAGGCACUUGUCGAUUUUCCGAAAGCAGUUGAUGAGAGAUAUGUCAACGCCAAAGUUCCAAUUGUCAGAUUCAGAAGCAGUGACAUGGAUAUGGAAGCAGACAUCAGUUACAAGAAUGAUUUGGCUCUUCACAAUACUCAGCUUUUGCAACAAUACUGCAAAUGGGAUCCCGAAAGACUACCGACUCUUGGAGUUUGGGUCAAAGCGUGGGCGAAACGAAGUGGAGUUGGAGAUGCAUCAAAAGGAUCGCUGUCUUCAUAUGCUUGGAUUGUGAUGCUUAUUCAUUAUCUUCAGCAAGUCGAACCAAUUCCUGUGUUGCCAUGUCUUCAGGAAAUGAACCAUCAGAAAAGUGAAAAUGUCUACGUCCAAGGUUACAACACGUAUUAUUGGAAAUUCGUAGACACUGCUCGUACACGACGUUGUCGUGCUUCUGUCGUUGAUUUGUUCGUUGGAUUCUUGGAUUACUAUGCCACAUACUUUGACUACUCCACAAAUGUUAUCCAGAUGGUGUCCAAGAAAUUGGAAUUCAAACCGGAUCGCUGGUGCAAGUAUCCAAUGUGUAUUGCUGAUCCGUUCGAGACGGAUCAUAAUUUGGCACAAGGUGUUGAUAUGCCAAUGUUUGAAUACAUUAGAUCGUGUAUGGAACACUCGAAGAAAGUAUUCACGGAUCGCCGCAUGCGCUCGGAGUUUCUUUCGGGAUACGGGUUCGACGUUGACGAAUUUGAUGCAAGGCAUCGAGGCGAAAUGAACAUGGAAAUGGCGUCACAAUUUGGGGAAUUCCUUCUUCACAAGUGCAUAAUGGUGAAACAAGCCCCGAAUCGUCAAUUCCGUGAUCGCAGUAUGAGUCAAUCGACGAGCAUAAGCAACACAUCGAGUAUUUCCUCGUCGGGAUAGUUUUUCAUACGUGUUUCUUCUCAUCAUCAUCAUUUUUUUAUCGAAGAACGGUAUCCAGGAGCUUUUUUUAUAAUUUGUCAAAACUCCCGGGUAUUCAUUCUUUCUCUUUUCUAACCUAACCUUUACAAACCGAUCACAAAAUUUAUUAAUUACCCCUUUAUUAACCUUUUUUAUCACAAGUCCUAGUGAUUCCUAGUGCAUCCAUUGCCCAUUUUAAUUGUAUAUGUACAUAAUUGAACCCCAUCCCCACCCGACAUCACAACCUCAUCAAUUUUUCUCAAAACUUUUCAAAAAUCGCGCCUUUUCUUCCCAUUUUUGUGGGUCUUGAUAUUCACACACACAGCCGGCUCUGUAUUCAAAAAAUCUCAAAAAAUCAUGCGCAAAGUCACUUUUCUCUCCAUGUGUCCCCUCAUUUGAACAAAAAAAAUGUAUAAAAUCACAAGAGCUGGUUCUCGGAAAUUGUUUUCACCCGUUUAUGUAUUUUCAUCUCCCUUCUCAUAUUUCCCUGUGUGAAUGUAAAUUGACUCACUAAAUUAAUUUCUUUAUUCCACCUGAUUUCGAGACUAAUAAGUCUGAGCUUAAUUACCCUCCCUGCAUCCAAAUUCCCCAAAUAAUAUUAACGAUCAAGUUUUAUCAACUGUUGAUUUUUCUUUCUACGGCUCUCUUAAAAUAUUCAAGUCCCUCCUCACUAAUUCCCUCCCC